UGUGUGCUAGUAGCGGAGUGUGAGCGGUGAGUCAGCCCGCAGUGCGCGCAGCGGAGGCCGGCAGCGCUCCAGCCUGCUUCACACGAACGCAAAUAAGAAAAGCAAGAUGAACGUCGGUGUGGCCCACAGUGAAGUGAACCCAAACACCCGUGUGAUGAACAGUCGGGGGAUAUGGCUGACAUAUGCGCUCGGUGUAGGAAUGCUUCACAUUGUACUGUUGAGCAUUCCUUUCUUCAGUGUUCCUGUUGUGUGGACCCUCACAAAUGUUAUUCACAAUUUUGGUAUGUAUGUGUUUAUGCAUGCAGUGAAAGGCACACCAUUUGAAACACCAGACCAGGGCAAGGCAAGACUUCUCACACACUGGGAACAGCUGGACUAUGGCGUGCAGUUCACAUCAUCUCGGUGUUGUAACACUUGUUCUUUUCUUUGCAGAUAUUUCCUCGCUAGCUUUUACACAAAAUAUGACACGGCUCAUUUUGUGAUAAACACAGCUUCGCUUUUGAGUGUUCUCAUCCCAAAACUGCCACAACUCCAUGGAGUCAGGAUCUUUGGAAUAAACAAGUAUUAAGCCCAGUGUUCAGAGGGCACAGACCAACUGUUGCCUGAUUUGGGAGAGGAGAUAACCCUUUGUAACGCAGCUGUGUACACUUAGCAGUUUUGUACAGUCUGUGUAAUUGUGAGUCUCUUUGUUUGAUAUAUCUUGAGAAAUUGUUGCAGGGAGAUGUUAGGAGUACAAUUCUACAAGCAUUAAUAACUUAAGAUAUUUAAUGUGUUUUUGUUAGUUGUUUUGUGAUCCUUGUGGAUCUGGGCUGGCCCAGGUUUCAUGGUUAAAGUUUUUUGUUAAUUAGUUUUUGUUUGUUCAAAUGUGCUCACAACACUGAUACACUAAGAUAGAUUUAUGCUUUUAGCGUCACUUCACAUUUCUGAAUACAUUCUUAGAUAAUGCCAUGAAUUGACAAAAGGUGUUUUUAAACUCAUUUAAAAGCCAUGAAACCUUUCUGCUGUUUCGUUAAUGUUUUCAUUGCUUCUGAGAAAAAUAAGAAGUCAGUUUGCAUGAUUUCCUGAAAAAUAUUUGUUCAGUCACAAUACUAUGUAUAGUUUUGUUUAGUUAAUAUCUUACAGCGUAUAAGUGACAAUGAAAAAAUAUUAACAUUAACAAAACUUUUAGGCUUUUAAGUGCUUUCACAUUCAUUAGAGUCAACAUGAAAUCAAAAAUAGAACUUUUAUUACUUGAAUACAUAUUUCUGGUCUAAUUUUGCACAUUUUAUCAGUGCACAUUAUUUCAAAGAAUAUUUCUUCCUAAUUUUUGAACAGCUUCCUCUGCCCCUGAAACAAAACAUCAAGUUCUUCCCUACAUUAUUUCAUCUUCUGUUUGAAUCCGAAAAUGUCAUGUUGACUUUUAGCUCAAUUUCAGUAUGUCAUUGUAAAACUCUGGAUCAUUACCAAGCUUCAGCAAACCAUCAUGAUUCUUUGCUCUCUUUUCUGUCACAGUAUUAUUGAAGUUGAGAAACUGUAACAUAGACCUAUUAAACUAUUUGUAUUUUUUCACUUUCUUGUCUUUUGACAAUAUCUGCGAAGGCUCAACUGUGCCAAUUGUUUUGUC